CUUCCAGGAGUUUUUGAGAGGAAUGUGCAGGAAGCCAUCAACAAUUAUACUUGUGAAACACUUUCAUCACUUUCAUCUAGUGGUCAUACAACACCCACAGAGUUGAAAAAUUCUUGGUCUGGAAUAAACAGCUAUGCUACUGGUUUGUCUACUGAAAGAAGUUCAGUCUACUCUUGGAGGGAUGAUGAAUUUGAUAAAGCCAACACACAGAGAGUUCAGCAGUUAUUUUGGGAGAUUGAUGAAAUGCUGUUUGAAGGAAAAGUCACCUCCCAAACUCAGAGCCUGCAGGCAGAAUGUGCAGACUGGGUUGAACGAUUUCCUCAUUUAAGAGUUCUAGGGAAGCAGCUCCUAUUGCCAAAGGAUGAAGGCUUUCAGCAUUUUCAGAGCAGAAGUGGUACCUGUGUGGAUACUCAGUGUUUACCUGGCCUCCGUGAAUGUACUAGUAAUAUUAAAGAGCUCUGCAUUUCAGGCUCUAAACUGAUCCCAACGGCAUCUCCAAUACAUAAAUCACUAGACUCAAGUUCCACUAGGAUUUCUGUGUCUGACUCAUCCCUGUAUUCAUUCCUGGAAGAAGAAAUCUAUGAUGUGGAUGGAAAAAUAGAAGAAUAUCUUGCCUUUGACAACGAGGAGCUUGAUGAUGAGAGCUGGGAACAAAAGAAAAUGCAUCUUGCUGAGAAAAGGAGUAAGCGUGGCAUUCCCCCUGUUUCUCCCAAUGCCUGUAUCAAACAUGCUGUGGCUUCUGAAGUAUUUGAUCGUGUCUGGAGCAAUGUGAUUGGAAUAUUGGAGGAACUGAUCAAAAAAAAUUGGGAAACUAGUAUCACAGAGGCUGACAAACAGGUGGAAAAACUGAAAGCUGUUACAACAAAACUGCCACAUUUGCCAGUUGUUCAUAUUACAGCGGACGCUGGGUGCAUUCCUCUUUCCAGAGGCUCUGAAGCACGAAGUGUAUCUUUUGUUUCCUCACAGGUUCACCGCUUUUCCAGCAACUUCUGUAGUGAUUUGGAUGGUGUGAUGACAAUUCAAGCAAAACCGCUCCAACAGAGGCAUGUUGCCACAUUAGAAAAAAUACAGAAUGAGCAAGAAGACAAACAGCAUAGCAUUGGCUCCAGUGCUCCAAAUUCAGUGCAAACUAGGCUGGGGAGGAUUGCUGAUAACAGCAUUCUCUCAUCGUCUCGGGUACUGCUGACAUCUGCUAGGAAGCUAUCAAGCCAUCGUAGGUUACCUUCUAUCACUUCUGACCAACUCUCCUCAAAAGCUCCUAAUAUGUACAAUGAUGAAAUCCUUAGGGGGACUAAAUUGGUUGCCAGCUCAGAUUGUUUAUCUUCUGCUCGUGCACCUACAACCCGGAACAAGUUACCACCAAUAAACUCGGAGGCUGUUGAACAAUGUCUUUCAGUACCUCGAUUGCAACAGAGCUCUCUUCGAGGACGAUAUGCUCACAGCAGAGUGUCAAGUGCAGUGCCUGGUAGUACGAAGCAGUGGACACUCAGAGAAAGAACUGUUAUUACUGAUCAGUUUUCAAGGCCCAACACAACUCAUACACUCAGG